AUUAAAAUUAAUGUUUUAGUGUGUAUAUAAAAAAUAAUAAUAGAUGUUACAAAGUUUAUGAUCCUCUUUCUAAAAUGGAUCAAUCAGCUUUCUUGACAUCUGCUGAAGAACAAUUAAAAAAUUUUGGCUCAUUCCUUAACAACUACGAUGCGCAAUUGGCGAACUUACUUAAUAAAAGUAAAACUCUAAACCAACUGUCCUGCAAUGCUGAACCGCUUGUAAAUAUAAACUACACUGGCAAUCAAGAACAAUUGCAGCUUAUACGUUUGUUGGAGUCUGAUAGACUUGUCAACAAAAUUUUGUUAACAUUCGCAUAUUUGUGUGAAGAAGUGGAUUCUUUAGUGUCAGACAGUCGAGAAAUGCAGAUGAAAUUUCUAUAUUUAGAUGAAGAUCUCUUAGCAGUACAUUUAGAUGAUAGUAACUCAACAACUGGAUCUAUAAUAGAAAAUGAGCGUGUUCUUAUUAAAAUGAGUCAAUGCAUGGAGUUUCUUUGCAAUAUUCAAUUUCUUCUGCAACGGUGUACAGUAUUGGGGAAUAAUAUACUGCACCAAUGCGGUGCAUUUUUAGCAACUGAAGAUACAUCAUUGGAGUUUCGAUUUUUUGACAUUUUUGAAUAUCUAUCAGAGUUAUUACUGCAAAUUCUAAUAUUUGAUGAAAUAUUUGCCACAUCAAAUUUCUGCCGGUUUUGGCCUUCGUAUAAAAAAACUGUAGAUGCUGUAGCACAUAAUCGAGAUUUGCAGCUUCAAUGUACAAGUUCCGAAAUUAGUGGCUUACAAAAUUGUCUUCAGGAACUGGAUAUACUAUUUUCAGCAAAUAUUUUCCAAUAUUUUUUGGAUAGUACAUUUGCUUUAAAAGAAAAAAUUGGUCCUACUGGCAUAGGCUUACUUAUACAACAGUGUAAUGAAUAUGUUAAGUAUAACUUGGCAUUAAUUGAUAAAUGGCAGAUUAAUGCUCUAAACGAAUUUAAUGAUCCAAAAUUAUUAAUCAGAUUAAAUGCUUUUUGCGUUGUUUUUCAUACAUUUUGCGGACAAAUAGAUUCGAAACAUGUGAAACAUCUACUGGAACUUAAUGCUAAACAUCAGGGUAUAAUGCUAAUAAGUAAUGUUGUUUGGAUUCCCAAGCACUUUUUAAAAAAGCACGCAUAUAGUUUAAUUAAAACUCAUGAAAAGUUACUUUACGAUGUGAAACGACAAUGGCAGCAUUACUUGAAUGCGCAUUUACAAACUCUUCAAACUGAUUGUCGUAAAUAUUGCAUUCAUUUAGCUCUAUGGUCACUAAAUGUUGAAAAAAUGUUAAAUGCCGGCGCUUUUUAUUUGAAAUUGGAUCAAUUUAAAGAACUAGCUGCUUUGUUGUUAUCAGGACUUCGUUACGCUGGGCAAUUGAGCUUUCUAGUAAAGGGAUUGGUAAACGCACACGUAUCAUUACAAAUACCAAUGACAAAACAGACACUAUUGGCUAUAUGCAAAAUGAUUGAAGUGAUGAAAUCAACACAGAAUCUAUUCCAAAAACAUAGUCGAAGCAUUGCUAAAAUAAUACAUUGUAUAUUACAAUAUUUACAAUAUAAACUAUUGCAUUUGCUAGGAAGUUGUAAGAAAAAAAUUACCUCAACGAAAAUGCUUGAUCGUAAUGUAGAUGCGCUGGCCGCUAUCAAAAUUGCAGAGAAAUGUUUGAACGGUACUUGCAGUCAAAAUCGUAUUCUAACUGCCAAACUUGCUGUUAAUGCUACCAAUUUUCAUAAUCGAUGUCUUCCAACUGAAAUGUAUGAAAAGUUUAGAACAAUAAUGGAACGUAUUGAAUUGCUAAGUGAUUUUGAAAUAAAUUUAAAAAAUAUAUGUGAUACAUCAUACAUCUAUUGGCAUCAAUCGAUACUAACAGCUUAUUUAAAGCAUAUUGUGGAUAGAAAAAUGGAUUAUAAUUCAUUUCAAAAUUUAAUCAGAGCUGCCGAUAAUUGUACAGAAAACCUAGACAAACUGCAACUUAGUGAUUUGAAGAUAACUGAUAUAAUGAAAAAAUCUAACUUUGAUAAUAUACGUAACGGAAUUAUUAGUAAUUUGUGUGCACAUAUAGAAACAUUUUUACGAUUAGAAGUUCAUUCUAAUCUACAAUUAGAAAAAAUGAAUCCAUUUGAGCAGAGUAUCGAUGAUUAUAGAGAUUUGAUAAAUGCAUGCCCUAUCAGGCUUAAUGGCAAUUAUAUCAUUUUAAGAGAUAAUGUGGAGAAUUAUCUUAGUGCUAUGUUCUAUAAUUUGACAACAAUUUCAUUGCACGAUUGGAAAACAUACGAAGAAAUGCGCCACUUAGCAAAUAAACGUUUAAUGUUGAAGCCAGUUGAAGAUUAUUUACCAAAUCAAACAUUGGAUCAGGGUAUUGAUAUAUUAGAAAUAAUGCGAAAAAUAAAUAUAUUCGUUUCGAAAUAUGUUUACAAUAUGAAUGCACAAAUUUUCGUUGAACAACAAAGUCAAAAUAAACAUCUGGAUUCAAUAGGUAUACGACACGUUGCUAAUUCACUACGCACACAUGGCAGUGGAGUGAUAAAUACGACUGUUAACUUCACCUAUCAAUUUUUGCGUCAAAAAUUUUAUACAUUUUCUCAAUUUUUAUAUGAUGAACAAAUUAAGUCGCGUUUAAUGAAAGAAUUUCGUUCGUAUACGGAAAGGAAACAAAAUGACAAGUAUCCAUUGUAUCCUUAUGAAAGAGCUGAUGCUUUUAAUAAAGAUAUACGUAAACUUGGUUUAUCUAAAGAUGGGCAAACAUAUAUGGAUCUAUUUCGAAAAGUGAUUACGCAUGUAGGUAACGCUAUGGGUUAUAUACGACUUGUGCGCUCAGGAAGUAUACAUGCAAAUUAUAGUGCUAGCCUCUAUUUACCGAAAUUCGAUGAAAAUUUGACUUUUGCCGAAACAUGCAAGAAAGAGAACCUACAUGACGUUACUUUUGUAGCUGCAGAAAACCUUGAAGCAAAUAUUAAUAAUUUAGUUCGAAGUUUCUCUGACAGUACGGAUUAUUUUAAAAUUCUUAUAGAGGCAUUUCAACCAUUUUUUCACAACGCACAUAAUAUACAUUUGAAAACUUUUUUCCUUAUUAUUCCACCAUUAACAUUGAAUUAUGUGGAAUAUAUGCUAAGUGUUAAGGAAAAAAUUAAUAGGAAAGAUCGUCAGGAAGCGGUGUUAUUCGAUGAUGGUUUUGCUGUUGGACUGGCAUACAUACUAAAAUUGCUCAAUCAAAUAAAUGAAUUUAAUUCUUUGAAUUGGUUUGGUAUCGUACGAGAACGUUUUGAGACUGAACUGAAGAAAAUAAAGGAAAUGCUCUCGGAUGUUAAUAGUGGUACUAAUAAAACCAACACGAAUUCAAAUAUGAAGAAGAGUGAGAAUGAAAAACUUCAACAAACUCUUGCAUUAACUGAGAGACGUAUUAAUAUCCAUCAAAUGGAAUAUAAUUUGUUAUAUUAUAAUAUAGGAAGCGCAAAAAUAUUUUUCUAGUGAAUCUUGAAGAAUAUUUUCUUUUUGUUAUUAUUGUAUUGUAUAUAUAUUAUAUUUAAAAUAGUGUUUGGGCAUUAAGAAAAUCGAAUCCAUCGAGUAUACUUGAAUUCAAACAUUUGAAUCAAAAGCUUUAAAUAUUUCUUAUUUUAGAUUUGUUACCAUACGUACUUCAUAUACAAAUAUGUAUUAUAACAAAUGCUCAAACAUUAUUUGUUAUUCGAACAUUUUCAAGGACGCUGUGUCAAAUGCUCCAAUACAAGCAAACUCGAAAAUCAGAAUUUUCGAAACUUCAAAUAUUCCCCAUAAAAUUUGUAGCUUUAAUCUAUAAUAAUCAAGCAUAGUGUUCAGAACUAUUAAUAAUGUAAAUUGGAAAACAAGAAUUUCGUAACAAUCUUCAAAUAUUCCAAACAUAACAUACU